GGGUGGGGGGAAGAGAGCCAGGGUUUCUCACCUAGCUAGUGGCCUGGGUGAAAGGGGGUGCUGAGGCAAUGUUGAGGAGACUGGAGCUGAGUUGAUGGGCCCAGAGAAAAUACAUAUGCGCAGGAACCCAGCUGUACAUGGUGCGGGUCCGAGCCGUGGUGAUGGCCCGAGAUGACUCCAGUGGGGGCUGGCUGCCUGUGGGGGGCGGGGGCCUCAGCCAGGUGAGCGUUUGUCGGGUCCGAGGGGCCAGACCCGAGGGGGGGACCCGCCAGGGGCACUACGUCAUCCACGGGGAGCGCCUACGGGACCAGAAAACCACUUUGGAGUGUACCCUGAGACCAGGCUUGGUUUACAACAAAGUGAACCCUAUCUUCCACCACUGGAGCCUAGGCGACUGCAAGUUUGGGCUGACAUUUCAGAGUCCUGCAGAAGCUGAUGAGUUCCAGAAGAGUCUGCUGGCUGCGCUGGCCGCACUCAGCCGUGGCUCGCUCACCCCCUCCUCUUCCUCUUCCUCCUCCUCUCCUUCCCAGGACACUGCAGAGACACCCUGCCCUCUGACGUCCCACGUGGACAGCGACUCCUCCUCCAGUCACAGCCGCCAGGAGACGCCUCCCACCUCGGCUGCGGCUCCUAUUGUCACCGUGGAGUCAGCUUCCCUCUUCACCUCGGCCUCUCCGCCCCAGCGCCGCCGCUCCUCGGCUCAGAGCUACCCUCCGCUUCUACCGUUCACUGGGAUACCGGAGCCUCCAGAGACCCUAGCCGGGGCAGGGAGCCAGGGCUGGUGUGGCCGUGGCUAUGAGGAUUACCGGCGAUCUGGACUACCGGCACCUCUCGCCCAGUCUACCUGCGUCGUGAGCUUCCCCAAGACUGGUGCAUUGAGGGGUGCAGCCCUAGGACCCCCAGUAUCCCUACCUACCCCUCUCACCGAAGCUGCACCCCCAGCACCUCCAGCUCGUCCACCCCCGGGCCCGGGCCCCACCCCUGCUCCAGCCAAGGCCUCCCCAGAGGCCGAGGAGGCAGCGCGCUGUGUGCACUGCAGAGCGCUCUUUCGUCGUCGUGCGGAUGGCCGUGGAGGUCGCUGUGCGGAGGCCCCGGACCCAGGUCGCCUCCUGGUGCGCAGGCUCAGCUGCCUGUGGUGCGCUGAGAGCUUGCUCUACCAUUGCCUGUCGGACGCUGAGGGCGACUUCUCGGACCCGUGCGCCUGCGAGCCGGGCCAUCCGCGCCCUGCUGCGCGCUGGGCCGCGCUGGCCGCUCUCUCCCUGGCAGUGCCCUGCCUCUGCUGCUAUGCGCCCUUGCGUGCGUGUCACUGGGUCGCAGCACGAUGUGGCUGCGCAGGCUGCGGGGGUCGUCACGAGGAGGCUGCGCGGUGAGGACCGGGUGCUGGGUCCGGAAGGCUGAGGAUCCAAACUGGAGGGUCCAGGAUCCUGAACUCCUUGUGAACCUGAAACCCAAACCUAGGCACAUCCGGAACUUGGAGCUAGAGUUUGGAUUGAGAGAUACCAGAUCUGGUACCUGGACCGGAAACCUAGAACUGAGAUCCCAGACCCAGCUUCAUCAGGAUGGCCGUCGAGGGGACCCAGGUGUCCUGAAUUCUGGAUUCUUUUUCCCUGUUCCUCACUGAGGAGACUACAGACAUCUCCAAACUCUGUAUCUCAGAGGGCCCAGGAGCACACACAUCCCUGAGACUCAAGGAACUUGGACCCUGGCUUUGUCUAAAUGCCCAUCCCAGACCUGGGUCAUAUCUGACACCAUAAACACUCUGAUUCCAUAUCUCCCCCUACCCCUGAGUUAGUCAGGAGUUGCUAAUACCUGACCCUUCCUAAUCAAAUGAGUCCCUAGGUCUUGAGACCAGGGGACCCAGAAUCACCCCCAAUAUGGUCCUUGAAUUUUCACCUACGACCUGGUGUACCCACAUCUGGGAUAGUCUCGUGGCCCCAGUCUACCCACUCCUGAGUAUCCACAGAUCUGACCUUCAGUUGAUAUCCAAGUGACUUCAGGUUUAAGAUGCACCAAGCCCUUAGAUAUGAUCAAAGAUGAGGUGUUCUCCAACCAAAAUGAUUUGGAAAGCCCUUUCCAGAGCUUAGCAAGCUCCAGAUAAUAGACACCAAGAUGCUCUGGGAUCCAGGGUUCCAAGACCUCCUUAGACUCACCUGCCCCUCAAGCCACUGUUAUUGGAAAUAUUGGGUCUUACAUAUGGGCUCUGAGGUGCCUAGGCCACCAGCACUUUGGGCCCAAUAUGCUGGUCUAAGUACUCGGAUAGCCCUAUUUCAGUUUCCCUUGGACCUGGAUUUUAAGACCCAAAAUGUUCUGGAAUUUUUGGCUUCCUUCUACCCACAUUCCCUGAUCCCCUAAAGUCUGGGUAGGAGUCUAGCUCAGAAGAUGGGGUAGUCAUGGUAACCCAAGCCUCUCAUCCCUUGGCCCCCAGCUCUUGAGCAACUCCAAGGUACUUUAAGAGCACUGGGUCUGAGACUCAAAGGUAUCAUUGACUCAGGUGCAGGAUUCAAGCCCCCACAACCUUGGGCUUGUUCCAGACCCAAGACCUUGGUCCCUGCAUACCAGAAACACUCAGAUCUGAGAUGCCCUAGGACCUUAGAUUUCAGAUUUCCUUGAAUUCAAUGCUGUUCUAGAUUGAUGAAGCCCCCAGAUGCCUCUCACCGGAUUCCACAGAUCCUGCUUGUGCCACCUCCUUGGGGACUGUUGCCCUAUGGAUUCUGCCAUCCAUAGGCCCAUGGAACCCAGAAGUCCCCAUGAUCCCGGGACUUACCCCUUUAUCCCAGGGGGGCACUCGCACUAGUGAGAACUCAGAUUUCUGGAAAACCAGCACCUCCCAGCAGCUCUGCUGUCCCACCUUUAGGGCCUGGCAUGGCCACAGAGAAUUGUGGAAGCUGACGGCUAAUCAAAGGCAGGCAGCUGCAUGAGUAUGCACACCUGGACUCAUGCCAAUCUGCUGGUCAGGGUGGCCCAUCAAAGGCAGGCCUGCCCUUCUCUGAUUUGCACAACAGUACCUUUUGGGCUGACUAUUGCCCUUUGGGAGUCCCUAUCACCCCUCAACCUUGCAGACUCUUCUUCCAAGCCCAUCCUGCCAUUAACCUUUUCCAUUUCAGUUGGGAGUUGCUUUAGAAAGCUCAAAGCCUGUUUCAUGGCUCUAUCCCCACAUUUUUCUUCUGGAGAGGAGAGUGCCAUGAUCUUUUUGCCUCAAGGAGAAAGUGGUGUCCAGUGUACCUAAGAUCUGGUGUCCUAGAUUGGGGGAUCAAGGUCUCAGAGCCAAGACAUUCUCCCAUAUUUUGUGGGCUUGUGACUUGCAUCUGGCCCUAAGUUCCUGGGCCUGUGCACUUACUUUCCUCAUUACACAGCCUUGGGUGGCCUUGUGGAGGUUCAAGGGAUCAAUACUUGUGCCACUCCCUUUAAAUUAUUAACUAUUGCAUCCGGAACCUGUGAGAUUCAGCUCUCCCAACCAGACCCUGGGAUGGGUGAGAGAAAAUGGGGAAUGGGGGUGUCCCUCCCAUCCCCACUUUGCCCAGCUCUCAUCACUGUCAGACCCACCAGAGCUGAGGGCGGAGGGACUGGGGGCUGGGGCAGCCUGGGUCCCCAUUCCCCUCUCUGUGCCUCGGUCUCCCCCCUUCUGUGGUGGGCGGGGGGAAGCUCCAUUCUUAACCUACCUCGUUUUAAGGAGGGGUGGGAUGGGGGACCAGAGUGCUGUACGGUGCUGUGAGAUCUUCAGAUUAAGCAGUGGGGACCGGGGAAGGUUCCCCAGUCCCCAUCUCCCAGUACUGCCUCUCCCAGGUCCCCCAGCCCUGUUCCCUGCUGAUACCCACCUCUGAUCCAUGAUUACCUUUCAUCACCCCCACAUCCGGGGUGCUUGGAGGGCUGAACCCUGAGAUCCAGGAAGACCUCAGAUCCUGGAGCCCCCAGGCCCAAUUUCCCAGCUGCUUGCCCCUAGAUUGGAUGCUUGGCCCCCAGAUUAGGAGGAGGCGCCCCAACAUUUAUCUUCCUGAUCUUGAUUCCAAGCCAGUCUAUGACCUCAACAUCAUCAUUGUCAGUGCAGGCUGAAGUGGUAGGAGGAUGGGGGCCAAAGACCCAGCCUUGUCAUCAGGGGAGGGGGGCUUGAGAUCUGCUCCAAGAAAUGUCUGUGACAAAGUCUUAGUCUGUGUUCUUUAUUUGUGUUGGUGCGCCCUGUCCACUUGCUUCCCUGAAGUGCCAGGUGUCAAGUAUUCUACAAUUCUUUCCCUCCACAUUCUUUAGUCCCAAGCAGACCAUCUGAGUUUUAUACAUCUAGUCAUUCAACGAAUCUAUUUACUGAACACCUAUCAUGUGCUAAACCUGGCAGCUGGCACCACCAAUGAUAAAUUGGACAACAAACAUUUGAAUAAAGCCCUGCAGAAGGUGAGGGGGUUCUGUUGGUGUGCAGAGGGUGCAGCCAGUGUGAGUUACUAAGGUUGGAGUGUACCUGGAAGAGUUUGAACAACAGU